UAGCGUCACGUAUUCGUUUUACAGAAUCAAAAAUCAUGUCUUGUAAGGAAAGACUGAUGUUGUUGAUACUCUUUCCACUGUUGGUGGCUAGUUCUGAAAAUGGUUUUGAGCAGAUAGUCGACUCAAGACGAUGUAAUCUUUCGGCGUUAUACGUAAUUGAGCGCAGACUAACCGACUUGGCGGAAGACAUGCAACGGGCUCUCCACCAGGUCAUUGACAGCGAUACAGGCAUGUGUCCACCCGAAUGGUUACCUUUCCAGUCAUCGUGCUACUGGUUCAGUCCAAGUGAUGUGUUGAUGAAUUGGGACGAGGCAGCUGAACAUUGUAAUACCAUGAACGCCUACUUAGCAGUUCCGAAUACGCCUGCUGAGAACAUGUACUUAUACGAACAAUGUUAUCCAUUACGAAAGUAUGUUCACCCUGUGCCUGGUUUAGCUAUGUGGUUACUUGGCUGUACUGACGUAGAGAAUGAAGGCACAUGGGUAUGUCUCGAUAAUACAAUUCUCUCAUAUGAUGCAUGGAAAAGCGGUGAGCCUAAUAAUUACGCGGGCAACGAACAUCGUCUAUCGUUGGAUAUGCGUGAUGGAGCCCCUCCGGCUGUGUGGAAUGACAUCAUCAGCACUGAGUGGAAUGCCCAAUUUAUUUGCGAACGGGCGCAAGGUAUCUGAACUUCGAACGUCUAGAACUGUGUUAUCAAAGGCUGCAGUGUAAGGAAUUGGAGAAUGUUCGCAUGAUAUAUAUUUGAACGGAAAUCGAUUGCUAUUUCACUUUGUGUAUUUUGUUUUACUUUGUAUAAAUGCACUUUCCAUAAU